UAACCUUGCUUCGAUUUCCAUCUUCGGGAAACACCCAGAGUCCUCGUCUUCUUUACACCACACGACGUGCUCCUGCUGGGCCAAUCGACCAUCCAACGUAACCACCAUGGCGCCCACGACCGCCUCGAGCCUCCCGGCGGCCAACAAGCCGUUCCUGAGGCGGAACAUGGCCUCCAACACCGACUCGGACUCAAGUGCCGUUGUCUCGCCGAUGGACUCGCCGUCCGACUCGCCCCGCCACUCGCCCUCCUCUACUUCGCUGUCGUCGCUGGCCUCCGACGACGCCUCGGCCCCGACCAAGUACGGCAAGCUUGUUGACACAUACGGGAACGAGUUCCAGGUCCCCGACUUCACCAUCAAGGAGAUCCGCGAUGCCAUUCCCAAGCACUGCUACGAGCGCUCGGCCGUUCGCAGUCUCGGGUAUGUGGCACGCGACAUGGUCUACCUCGCCACGACCUUUUAUCUCUGGAACACAUACGUGACGCCAGAGUUUAUCCCAUCCCAGCCUCUGCGUGUCGUCCUCUGGGGCGUGUACACCUUCCUCCAGGGACUCUUCGGCACUGGCCUCUGGGUCCUUGCCCACGAGUGCGGCCACGGCGCCUUCUCUCCCUCGCAGAAGCUCAACAACAUCGUCGGUUGGGUCUUGCACUCGGCCCUCCUGGUGCCCUACUUCAGCUGGCAGCUCAGCCACAGCAAGCACCACAAGGCGACCGGAAACAUGGACCGCGACAUGGUGUUCGUCCCCCGCACCCGGGAGCAGCAAGCCAGCCGUAUCGGCCGCCUCGUCCACGAGAUCUCGGAGCUGACCGAGGAGACGCCCAUCUACACCAUGAUCCACCUGCUUGGCCAGCAGCUCAUCGGCUGGUGGAACUACCUCCUCACCAACGUGACGGGCCACGACAACCACGAGAGGCAGAGGGAGGGCCGCGGCAAGGGCAAGAAGAACGGCUGGGGCGGCAACGUUAACCACUUCGACCCGCGCAGCCCGCUGUACGAGAACCGUGACGCUUCGUACAUUCUGCUCAGCGACCUGGGUCUGGCCAUCACCAUCUCGGCGCUCGUCUACCUCGGCAAGACCUUCGGCUGGUCCAACAUGUUUGUGUGGUACUUCCUGCCCUACGUCUGGGUCAACCACUGGCUCGUUGCCAUCACGUACCUUCAGCACACCGACCCUUCGUUGCCCCACUACACCGACUCCGAGUGGAACUUUGUGCGCGGCGCCGCGGCCACCAUCGAUCGCGAGUUCGGCUUCAUCGGCCGCCACCUGCUGCACGGCAUCAUCGAGACCCACGUGCUGCACCACUACGUCAGCUCGAUUCCCUUCUACAACGCCGACGAGGCCACCGAAGCCAUCAAGCCCAUCAUGGGCCAGCACUACCGCGCCGACACCCGCGAGGGCCCCGCCGGUUUCAUCAAGGCCAUCUGGAAGAGCGCCCGCUGGUGCCAGUGGGUCGAGCCCACCGAGGGCGCUGAGGGUCGCGCCAAGGGCGUCCUCUUCUUCCGCAACCAGAACGGUCUCGGCACCUCGCCCGCCAAGAUUCCCGCUGCCCAGUAGAGGGUUAUCCGGUUAUUUGUGCCAUGGUUUUCCCCUGAUGAAGUGAAUCGGACCUGCAGCGGCGCCAUCCACAUCCGCCGUCGCGCCCGGCCCGGGCCUUGGCUCUGGAGCUAGCCCCGCCGGGGCGUUGACUGACGACGGGUGAUGGGGGGCUGGACUGCGUGUCCC